AUGAGUCUUCAGAAUCCCGAUUAUGACAAGAUUCUUUACUGUUUGCAGAGAGCAGAUGCAGAUCUUCUGAGGGAAAAUGAAUGGGCUCCUGUCCGAGAAUUUGCUGAUUUUCCUUGGGUUCCGGUAGUGGACGGCAAUUUCAAGCACACACAGUUGUUAGCUGGGAGCAAUAUGGACGAAAGCAUCUAUUUUAUCGUAUAUCAACUUCCUAACAUCUUCCCAGUGCAAGAUUUCUUCACUAAAAAUGAUUUCGUACCUGAUAGGCAUACCUGGUUGAAGGCGAUAUCCGAUCUUCUACCACGGCAAAUGAUCAAGAGCCAACUAGCAUUAGCAGCAAUUUUGCAUGAAUAUGAACCAGCAAAUCUGCCAGUAAAAGCACAUGAUUGGCUCGAUUCUAUGGAGAAAAUGCUCGGAGACUAUCACUUCACUUGUAAUGUAAAUGAAAUGGCCCUUGCUCAUACUAAACAUGGUGGUGAUACCUAUUACUACUACUUCACUCAU